UCACUUUUGAUCAAGUUCUGAUGAAUCAAUGAGUCUGAUCGAUUAAUGAAUCGACCAGAGAAUGAGCUGUAGAUCUGCAGACCUAGUGACAACCAGCAUGGUGAGGCUCCUGAUAAUCUCCCAGUGAAGGAGUUCUUCUCCUCCCAGUCACAGAUCUCCGCCCCAGUCAUCUCAAGCUGCUGCUGCUGCUGCUCGGAGCCCGGAUGCGCCGCCAUGCCGACUCUUUCAGCGAAUCAUGGAAUCAUUUAUUCCCCAACCUGCCUGACACUGCGCGAUAGGAGUUGACUGAAGAAGUCACGGAGACAGUUUGGAGGGUGGAGGAGCCCGUAGCCGCGGACAGACUCGCACGGAAUCCCCGCGCUGUUUUCCCCGUGUGUGUUUACGUCGCCUGACUCCGUGGUGUUGAUGUAGGGACACUUGUGUGCUAGGCUAACGUUAGCUCGAGUGUGGAGAGAGGUAGUGACAGUCCGGCCGGAGGCGGGGAGAGAGCCGAGAGCCGAGAGGUGAGACUGUUACUUUGAUGCUGACUACACUGUUGACUCUACGCGGAGAGGUAGACAUCUGGUACAUAGUAUCACUUCCAUACAUGUGACUCACGGUUUCAGGAGGGGUUCAGGCAGCAGCAGAACGAGAUCCAUCAAGAUUUCCAUGUCUGCAUCAGCUCUGCAAACCAGAAGAGAUGUCUGUUGAUGAGGAUACUGUAAAAACUGGCAGUCCACAGGCCACCUCCACGUCACCUCUGCAGCUCUCAGAAUGCACCGGAGGUUACAGUGAUAUAUCCGUCAUGGUGGAAGGUACUGCAGCCACCCCUGAUUUUGAUGCUGCUGCCUGCCCUGUCAUAGGCAGUGCAGCCUCACCGAAACACACCAGCACGACUGAUGCUCUUACUCAAUCAGACAGUGCGGGACAGAGAGCCAGAGGGAACGAGAAUAACUUCAACCGCAGGAACAGCUUUCAUCAUUCCAAGCAACAACAACAACAGACAAAGCUCACAAAGCGCCGCAACACAGCCAACUCCAGCUUCAAGCAUCCAACAUCUGGCAAGAGGAGACGGAGGGCCAACUCUGAGAGUGACUCUGUCCUGCCUAGCAACUUCCUCCUGGGUGGGAACAUUUUUGACCCGCUAAAUCUCAACAGCCUCCUGGAUGAGGAGGUCAACAAGGCGCUGAAUGCAGAGACGCCCAAAUCCUCCCCACUGCCAGCGAAGAGCCGCGACCCCGUGGAGAUCCUCAUCCCCAGAGACAUUACAGAUCCACUGAACCUAAACAGUGGGAUAGCAGAUAGCAGCUUUUUGGUAUCCCCCUUCAAGAGUGGUGGCAAGAGGAGACACCGCAACAGACACCAUGGCGGAGGUGGAGUAGGCGGUGGUGGGAUCUCAGCCACACAGAUGAACCUCUCCGAAUCAGGAAAAAGUGAAUUCAAAGCUUGCACCUCUGCACCUGGCACCUCUGCACCUGGCACCUCUGCACCUGGCACCUCUGCACCACUUCAAGGUGUGUUAGCAUCGUGUUCUGCACUUGAUACCUCCAAAGAGUCCAACAGCUUCUCCAGUGCGACAGGGGACUCCCAUGAGCUCUCAGCUGACAACUCAGGCAGCUGCAAGGAGGAGAUAACAUUGCUAUCUCUGGAUGAUCCCACUUCCUUUGCAUCAGGGGGAGCAAACCAGCAGACAAGCAGACGCAAGCGUAGACGCAACUCUGGCAAAGCUGAGCCCCCGCUGACCCAUUCUACACCGAUUGGAAAGUCAGGAACAGGAGAGAGGAGUUAUGGUUCAGGAGGGGCGAGAAAUUCUCAGUCCUUCCAUACACCAAGGAGUAGCGGUCCCAGGACGGGGCCAGGAGGAUGGUCACACCAGCAGCCCCACAACCAGGGAAAUCAGCAGCAUCAGAAGAAGAAGUUCCAGUAUGGAAACUACAACAAGUAUUAUGGUUACCGCAACCCAGGGUCUAACGAAGACCCACGAAUACGUGUGCUUCGUCCAGAGUGGUUUGAAGGUAAAGAAGUUCUGGAUUUAGGUUGCAACUCAGGCCACUUAACUCUCUACAUUGCCAAAAUGCUAAGACCUACCCGCAUACUGGGCCUGGAUAUUGAUAACAGUCUGGUCCAUGCAGCCCGCAAGAACAUCAGACAUUAUUUGUCUGAACUGCAGACCCAAGAGGCCAGGCGGGCAGUCAAGGGCACCAAACAGGAGGAGAAGAAUGGAGACGAGAGCGAGACUGGCAAAGACGAGAAGCACAAUGAAGCCGAGAGCAGGGAUGAAAAUGGGAGAGCAGUGAAAGGAGAAAGUGGCCCUGCAGAGGCUGUAAAUGACAAUGACUGCUGUCACACAGAUGAGACAGGGACCCAGAGGCAGGACAGCAAAACAGAGGGAGUGGAGCAGGGAGAUUUUGAUUCACCCCCCGCUGAUGACUCUGUGCACUGCUCUUUUCCCGUUUCCCUGCGGAUCUCCAGGGGGCCCAUCGCUGCACCUCCACUCACAGAAACAUCCUCCACACAGCCGGGGGAGUUCCCCUCAAAUGUGUCCUUUGUCAAGGCCAAUUAUGUCCUGGACAACGAUAAUCUUCUUGUGACUCAGCGGCCGGAGUACGACGUGAUCCUGUGCCUGAGCGUUAGCAAGUGGGUUCACCUGAACUGGGGAGACAGCGGCCUGAAGCGGCUCUUUAAGAGGGUCCACAGACAUCUCCGUCCGGGAGGCUUGUUCAUCCUGGAGCCACAGCCCUGGGAGUCCUACGUGAGGAGGAAGAAGCUGACGGAUAAUAUUAACAGGCAUUAUCACAGCAUCCGCCUCAGACCUGAUCAGUUUUCAUCAUACCUUACAAACGAGGUGGGCUUCACCAGUUUUGAGUACCUUGGAGCCCCCAAGUGUUCAAUUAGAGGUUUUCAGAGGCCAAUCUACUUAUUUCACAAAUGACCGCUCCUGCCUUGAUGAUCAUUGAAUGUGAGUAGCCUGAAUCACCAACCAGACAAACAAGCCAGUCAGCUGCCCUGGACUGCUAGGAGUCAUCUGACUCCUUCACGGUUUCUCCAGCUACUCAGACGCUGAAGAUGAAAUUCAGAGAGGGGAACGGGACCAGAAGCGGGGGGGGGGGAUCCUUUUGUAUGGACACGCUUAUCAAAUCACAGAACCCUCUGUGACUACAGAUUCUUAAAGAACAACAGAAUAAACUCAGACAGGACUCCACAAUGUCUGAACAUGACAGUCUGACCUGCCUGCAGAGGAGGUGCUCACCUGAUCUUACCAUUUCCUUGGACUAUCCUAGUGCUAAUGAUGCCCCAGUUUUGGCCAUAACAUGUGUUUGAAUAUCUUCGGCCACAUAUCUCUACUUUCAUAACUCUGCUCCGUGCCACCAUAUCACCAUAUAUUAAACAUGUUAAGGUGGGGAGAUAGGGCAGACUUUUCCAAUUGACCGCCACCUCUAAGCUGCAGGGUAUCAUUAAAAACAAAGCCAUCGUCUGAUUAUACUGUCACAAAAGCAGCACCAAUGUGAAGGUGAUCCAUUUCAUGCAGUUAAUGAAGCCUCAUGGUGCAGAUUACACUGCAGCAAGUGAUGGCAAAGAUAUCAAGACUUAUCCUUGAAUCCUGGUGUGAAGGACAUAAACAUGCACAUAUUUUAGUGAAUUUAAAACAGCCAAAUAAAUCACAUCAGCCAAAGAUUCUGAAAGUAAAAGCUGAUGUUUUUUUUGUACUAUCUCCCCACCCUGAUAGUGUUUUCAUUAUUUUGCAAAAUAGGCCAAAGAGCUGAAUGAACUCUAAUCUGUGACUGAGCUGUGAGAAUUUAGUCCACGUUUUUAAAUUGUACUAUAUGAAAGCUCUUAAAUUGCACAAACCUGAGGCCCUAUGAAGUGACAAGUGUCUUGAAUGAGUGAUAAAGAGAGUAAUGCACAAUGAGGAAAUCCAUUCAAAACAGCACAGACAAGUAUCCAGUGAUAAUGAAUGCUUAACCAGUGCAUCACGAAGACGUCCUUUUUUCGAAAAAAAAAACCUCUGUUCUGUACAUGUUUCUAUCAUAAAGGACAAUUAAGCCAUCAAAUAUAAAAUGUUGUCAUUAAAAGUAAAAAGAGUUCUUAUUUUGAGCACGCCCUGUAACAUUGAACAGUCUACAUUAGAAAUCUUAAAUCCCAGAGUGAAAAUUGAAACAUCACAUUUUCAGGAAAGGAAAGUUUUGGCUGUUUUGAAUGCAAACUUUCUUUGACAUGUCAUGAGUGUUAGUUUAGAUAGUUUGAGCCGUUCUAGAGGCAACAAAUCACUUCAUGGGUUCUCUAAGCCUUACUGAUGCUCCAUCCUAAUGGUAGGGGGCACAUUUGAGCUGUGGUGACACUCAGGUGUGAGCUCAGCUCUAAAUAAUUCAGCACAGAGACCACAAGGACUAUUUUGCAAGGUAGAUCUGUAGCAUGCAGUGAUGUGUUUUUUUUUUCUAAUGACAGUUAAGCCAUAGCCCUACUUAAUGUAUUGUCAAAAAAUGUCCUUCAUGAGGUGCUGACUGAGACACUAAUUAAGAGUGCAUUGAAAAUAGAGAGCCUGUUAUUGAAGCAUUUUAAUGACUCUGACACAUGCAUUGUUUUGAGUGGGUUAAUCAAAACUACUGAAAAGGCGCUAAUUUGAACAGCAGCUAAAUCAUUUUCUAGCUCUUCAGUAAGACUUAACUUCUGUAAGAGUGCAACAUUUACAUCAGUGAAAAUGAUUUGUGUCUAAAAUGACGGAAAAGCAGCCACAUGACUCUUUUUAAUGACAAUAUGCUGUUUGUUUGGAAUUACUGCCAAAAUGUUUGAAGGGUCUUUUCUGCUCUUGAAUUUCACAAAAUAUCCUGUCAACAUCUCAGUCUUAAUCCUCAUGAGGACUCUUAUGAGUUUUUGGCAAUUUGUCUUUGUGAUUGUAACUUUAUAAGAUUGCACUGACACCGCUAAUCAACAACGUUUCAUUUUAAGUGGCUGGGACAGAAAAAAGUCCCCAUUCUGUGACUGGUUCAUGUCUAUCAUUCAGCAUACUAGGGUAGGAGAUGAUGACAAAGAUAGGUGAUACUGUGUUUCUGUUUUAGUAAAUGAUCAAUGUAAAUAUGUUUGAAAUUUUUUCUUUAACUGUUGUCGAUAUUAGGUUUAUAACUGCUUUUGUCAUUUUCAAGUGAAUUUUUCUUUUUGUCUUGUUUUCAAAUUUUUUGCUGCCAAGUUGUGAGUGAGUCACAGGUCAGAGUUUUGGUCCCAAAACGGGCCACUAAUCCAGCUCUGUAUCAAGAUACGAAUGUGUACAUUUCAAAGCUCUGAUGUGUUUGAUUUGUUCUGUCCUGGCAGGCAAAUGGAUUGUUAAAUUUGCUCUUUAUUUUUUUAUAAACUGUUUGAAAGGAG